ACCUCUCUCUUCCAAUCCAGACAAAAGGGAGACAGGAUUCGCGGUUGCGCGCACUAAGCAUCAGCAUCUGAGCACCUUUUGGAGACGCCACUGGGUUUGAUCCGACGCGCAAGAACGCACCGGCACCGGCACACCGACACGCAGCACACGCCCCUCCAGCUCCAGGUCCACCUGAAACCCUCCAGAGCCGCUUCAUUGUCCUGUUGGAAAGGCAGAGGAAAGAAAAGGGAGUGUGUGAGUCUCUGGUUCAAUCGCAGCCAGAACACCGUGUUCCCAUGAUGUCAUACCUGUGGAUUCUGCUAUUAGGAAGCCUGCUGGCUGCAAGCGCCAAGGCACAAGAUGAUGAAGCCCCACCAACAGAUCCAGCAGUUGAUGCGGCCCUGGACUCUGAAGCAGAUGCAGCGACAGAGGUCCCAAAAGAAGCUGAGGUGACGACUGAGGGAGAAACACCAACGGGGAGUGAUCCUGAGCCUGAACCGGAAGCAGCGACUCCUCCAGUUGAAGAGGCAGCACCAGCGACUCCUGCUGCAGCAGACCCAGAACCAGAGACUCCUGCUGCAGCAGACACAGAAGUAGUGACUCCUGCGGUUGAUGAGGCAGAACCAGCAACUCCUGCUGCAGCAGACCCAGAACCAGAGACUCCUGCUGCAGCUGACACAGAAGCAGCGACUACUGCUGCAGCAGAUGCAGGAGCAGAAGCAGAUGCAACAACAAAAGAGCCUGAAGCCGUUCCAGAGGUUAAGAAUGAGGAACCAACAGCUAAUGUAGAGGAGGACGCUACCUCAAGCAGUGGUGCAACAACCUCUAAGGAGGAGACUGACUCUGAGACCACAUCAGCAGCAGAUCCAGCUGUAGCAGAAAAAGAGGAAACACCAACUGAUCCUGCCGCCGAUUCAGAAACAACAAAACCAGCCGUAGAAACAGAAGCCCCUGCGGUUGUUGUCCCUGAAAUUAAAGUGGCGGAUGCUCCUGAGGUGCAUUCAGAUGCUGGAUUUGACUUGGGAGAUGCUCUGGGGCCAGAUAACAAAGAAGUGGACAACUCAGGACAGAGCCGCAGUAUGGGGGAAUCUGGGGCACAUAUUGCUGAAGCCACAGGAGACGUGGAUGCACCGGAAGCCCAACAGGCCAGCUCCGGCUCUGUAGCAGGCAUCAUUAGUGCAAUUGCCGUGGCUGUAGUGGGAGCCAUCGUUGGAUACUUCACCUAUCAGAAGAAGAAACUGUGCUUCAAAAAUAGACAGGAAGCGGAUCCAGAGGUUGCACGUAAAGCUGACACGGCAGAGGCUCAGUCAGAUCCCCAGGUCCUUAGCAACCUGCUGAACUCGUCCUAGACCAGCGACGAUCACAUGACUGCCUGGACCAACUACCGGCAAGCAAAGUGGCAAAUCUCACUGUUGAGCUCUAUCUUCUGUAGAGCUAAAUUACUGUGAGGCCCCAGAGUAGGGCUGUGUGUGUGAUUAUGUCCGUGUGUGUGUGUGUGUAUGUGUGUGCAUGUGAGAGUGUGUUCAUUCUUGUGUGUGUGCAUAUAUGUGGGGAGUAAAUAUAUGUGAACCUUAGGGGUUUUAUGAUUGUUAAGACAUAGGAAUUUAUUAAAAUGAUUGGACCGACUUUCUACUUGAGUGGACAUUAAAGAGAUGUAAUCUCAAAUUAACCAUGAAAUGGCUAGGUUAUAUACCUUUUUUUCUUAUUUCAUUUGUAUGGCUACUAUCCAGUUCUAGUAAUUCAGUGUGAAUAUAAACCAGUGACAGUUAUCGAUGUUGUAGAUGUUUGUACUGAAUUCUUAAAAGUGGAUUUUUUCUGUCAUUGUUUGAGCCACCCAUAUCAUUUUCAAAAUUCCACAACAGGCAACAGUCACUUAAGUAAAACAUGUUUUUUUUCUUUUUGUAUAAUUGUCUGCAUUAAAAAUGCAGGGUAGAUGGAUAACAGGGGGUUUCAAUAACUACCACUGUGUCUCCUGGAUUCUGGCGAUUAAAACUAGUAUAGGAUUGUAAAGCUAGGAUUCUGGGGAUGCUGUUGCGGUCCGAUGCGUGUUCGGUUGGCCGCUGAUGUCACUGUAUGUGCGUGUGUGUUUGUGUGUGUGCCUUUUUGUUGGUUGGUGAAGGGGCUUCGUUUUAAAUCCUGCUGGGUGACUACCACUUCUCCUCAGUCAGUUCAAUAAAUUAGAGUAAAAUUUCCAACUAAACAGAAAAAAAAAUCCAACUAAAACAAGUUUAUUCACCGCAAAUUGAUUAAACUAUUAAAAAAAAUAUCCAUUUAUUUGAUAAUAUGAAUAUUUAAAAUAGAAGUGAAUUCUGGUCCAACCCUGUUUCUGGCGAUGUUCACCUGACAUGGACACAAUUCAAAAUGUAGUAAUGUAUUAGACAUUGUUCUGAUGUAGUACGUGUCAGUCUAGUUGUGAUGCAGUAAUUUCUCCUCUAUAGUGCCUUUUACUGACACAGCCUGGCUUGACCAAUAUACAGACACACAGCGAAGAGAGCUGGGACAAUAAAACAGGCAAAAUAGUAGUUGAAUGUAUCAAAAUAUACCAGACAAUUGAGGAAUGUAUGAUCUUAAUUAAGUCAUAAUCAUUUUAAUGGUUGAAAGCCUCACUUUGUCCUGCUCGUGCAUGUGAAACAUUACUGUACCAGCUGCCGUAUAUCCGUUCACAGUGGGCUGUUUGCUGUUUUACUUCCAGUACUUUUAUUAACUACAUUCCAGACUCUUUUAACAGCCUCACAAUUCAGCGGUAAAAGCAUCCUCAUUGUGUCUCUUUAUUUGAGCAAGCCAGUUGCUGUCACAGGGUUUUUGUAUCAUUCAAUAUUUCCAAACACCAUUCACCUGUGAUUUUUAUAUGAAUUUUACAUUUAGCAGUGGUUCAUUAUUGUGAAAUGCCUCAGAAGCAGCGCUAUUGCAUUAAAAAAGAAAAAAAGCCAAACAGUUUUUUUUUUGCAGCUGUAGCACAAACAGUUAUUAACUUCUGAAUGUCUUUUUCCGUUGCCUUGCAGUUUUGUACUUGCUCUGCUCCCUUUAAACUUUGAAAUAAGGUUAUUAGAGGUCGCAUAGUGCUGCAGUUCAUGUACAGUGUGUUACUCGUAAAGCACCAUAUAGCUGCAAUACAGGACAGAGACUGUUGCUAAAAGCUAACAGCCUAGCCUCAAGCUGAGAGAUAUUAAUAGUCUGUGAUGUCACACAUCGUUUAAUCCUACUGUGUAAACUGCGGGCUGGACGCCGGGUCAAAGCUCUCUUUGAAUUGCCUUCUUAUCCUGUAAUCUGUGAUAGACUGAGUUUCUCUCGACACAUUGGAACCAAGUGGAUAGUGUGUCUGAAAUCUCUUACUGCAUCUGCUACGAUGGCAUGGAGUGAUAAUGCACAAAACACCCACUAAAUAACAGUACAAGCUUUCAGAUAUAGCCACGGAUGCCUUCAAAACACCCUUUUCAAUCCUUUGUGCACUCCAAUGAGUGGAAUAGGAGUCAAUAAAAGCACUCGGCUGUCCUGCAGUGCACAUUCAGAAACCUCACUGGGACUGAUUUGAUGUAAAGGACACUGAAGCAACAACACAUCCCUAAAAAUAGCACAAGGAAUGCUUGUGUUUUGAGCAUUAUGGUCCACUCUACAUUUAGUCCCAAGCAGUCACAUUCCUUGUAAACAAACUAUUGGAGCGAAGCAUCCAAACCAGAAUGUAAAACCAAGGAUUGUAGACUUAUUGGGUCCUGAAGUGCACUUCCCAGAUAAAUGCUGAGGCAUCAAUCGUGGCGCUGACCAGUCCUGCCUUAUAUAUAUACCGCCUCUUGGAAAACAAAGAACAACGUCAUCAUCUGAAAGUGAAACGAGCAGAGAUGUUUUGCAGGUGAUUUUAAUAACACAAUCUCUACAGGAGAAGCACUUUCCUAUCCUGUAUACAUCUUGAUUCAUUAAACAUAUUUAGACAAUUCAUGUUUUUCAAUUUAGACUAGUGACUCUUCCUUUUUAUUUAAAUACGCUGUGUUUUCAUUUUGUGUAGGAACUGUCUUUCUUCAUUUGUCAUCUGGCACUUGUGUUGUUCUUCUGGAAUUGUGUAAAUAAUGUUUGAGGAGUCAAUUAAACCGUUUUUGUGGGCA